CUCUCUUCUCCCCCACCUCACUCCCCGUAUCCUCCAAAUGUGACCUCCCUGUUCCUCUGGCGGUGGCCUCCUGCAUCAUGUCGACCCCUCCCCGCAGCGCAACAGGCGUCCCCCUCACCCAAAACACCGCCCCGGUAGUCAAACACCGAUGCCUUUACACCCACGAUCUGCGACGCAAAGCCAAACGAUGGCAAGACGGCUUCCUUCGGUACCACACCUUCAACAAACGGAUCAUGGUCUACGACACGGCAGGCAAUUUUGUCGGCGAUCAGCAUGGGCGACACGAGGAGGGAAUCCAGGAUGGGGAUGAGUUGGAACUCGAUCGAGGCGUCUUGGUCCAGGUCUGCGAGUCGAUGGAACGCACCGAGACCGAUCUGUCGGGGUUGUACAGCAAUAAGAAGACCCAGCAGAGUCCUCGUCCGCGUCCGGGGGAUUCUCCCGUGCCCUCUAUGCGGCCGGGGACGGGGACGCCCGUCCGGUCGUCCCUCUCGUCGCAACAGCCGCGGUCGCUGAACGAUCUGCUUGGGAUUAGGAAGACCCCGGUUGCCCGACUCAUGUCGCCAUACGAGCAGCGUCAUCCGCCCAAAGAGACCGUCAGGGAUCAGUCGCCGCCGGACAGACCUACGCCGGACAGACCUGCGAAACGCUUAAAGGCGACUCCGUCCAAAGGACCGCGCGAUCAGGCGCGGCCUGCACCGGUCGUGAUCGAUUUAUGCGAGCCGUCGGAGAAAUCACCAGAGCCAGUGCAAACGUCAAAAGCGAGCGCCUCUACCCGGGUGUCAGACUCUUCUCCCCGAGCCAUUCCCAGACCACCGACAACCAACACAAGUACCGAACCCAAGAGAAAGAAUAGCACAACCACACCGAGGGUAGCCCCACCUCCCUCGCCUCCAUCCGCGCCCCCGAAUGCCGAAUCCAGACCCCCCGAAGCACCACUCAACACCCUCCGAAUAUCAACAGACCGACCUCGCAAGAAGUUACUCUACCAAGCUCUAUUGCCCAGGCAGCCCGCCCCUACAACCCCAUCAACCAUAUCCAAAACCGCCCCCGAUUCGCAGGCGGCUCACUCCAAGAUCCCUCCCUCAACCAAUCCCGAAUUUGCACCAUCCUCAUCAACCCUAUCCAUCCUAGACGAGAUGGUCAACAACUCGGCCAGUCGCCCAGCCGCACGAAUGAAUCCCACAACGCGAUCAACUGCACUCCGCAAAGCAUUGUCCGAUCCCACCGCUUUAACAAGGAGGAACGGUCCCACCGCUCUAACAAUGAGGAAUAAUCCCUUCGGUGGCCCUCUGCAGGAGGAUACACCGGGGGAACAAGGACCGUGGACGGCUGAAGCGAUGGAUUUGUUUGAUUUUUGGCCGCCGGGGAGGGAGAAGCCUGUUUAGGCCCUACUUACAGACCUAUAUGUUUAAUGUUUUACGAACAAUG